CAUGAAUGAUUGACUGCUCAUAAUUAAAUAGAAAGCGUGUUCUAGAGUCUGGCUAGCGCUCCAUCUUCUUCGGAGUAAUCCCAGAACUUAAAAAAUGAAGCACCAAAAGACAUGCCCAUUGUCAACUACUGAGCUUCUGGUGUUUCUGUUUCUUAUAGUGCAGUUCCUCUCCCUGCUGGUUCAAGCCGAAGUCCAUUACUAUGAUUUUGUUGUAAGGGAGAAAAAUUACACGAGGCUGUGUGAGACAAAGAGCAUUUUAGUUGUGAAUGAUAGUUUCCCAGGACCGGAGAUACGAGUUCACAAAGGUGAUACAGUUUAUGUCAACGUGCAUAACCAAGGAGAUUAUGCACUCACCAUUCACUGGCAUGGGAUAAAGCAACCACGAAAUCCAUGGUCAGAUGGUCCAUCUUACAUCACACAGUGUCCAAUCCCACCUGGAACAAACUUCACCUAUGAAGUAUUAUUGUCCAUAGAAGAAGGAACUGUAUGGUGGCAUGCACAUAGUGAUUGGACUAGAGCUACUGUUCAUGGUGCUUUUGUUAUCUUGCCUGCUAUUGGAACCACAUUCCCAUUUCCGCAACCUGAUGAAGACGAAGUUCUUGUAAUUGCAUCUUGGUACACAGGAGAUAUAAAAGAACUUAUUGAUGAGUCUAUACAAAAUGGUACCGACUUACCCCAUUCAGAUGCUUACACUUUAAAUGGGCAGCCAGGAGAUUUUUGUGCAUGCUCCUAUGGAACAGCGUACCGUCGUAUAGUGGAUUACGGCAAGACAUAUCUUCUUCGUAUAGUGAACGGAAACAUGAAUGCAGAACACUACUUUGCCGUUGCAGAGCAUAGUCUCACUGUGGUUGGACUAGAUGGAGCCUACAUUAAACCCAUAAACACUGCUUACAUAGUCAUAAGUCCUGGACAAACGAUGGAUGUCUUGCUAGUAGCAAACCAGUCUCUUGGCCAAUAUUAUAUGGCUAUUAGACAAUACUCAAGUGAGAACCCUUCAACCGUUAACUUUGACCAUGCAAAUGUUACUGCAAUCCUAGAAUACAGAGGCGACUAUACAUAUGAGACAUCUCCUGCAUUUCCAUCUACUCUUCCUAUGUACUUGGACAAAGCAGCAGCACUCAAAUUCACAUACCAACUUAGAAGCUUGGCUACUCCAGAGUACCCUGUAAAUGUUCCACUCGACAUCACUACUAGAAUGUAUAUUACAGUGUCGAUGAAUGUACUUCCUUGUGACCAUACAGGCUGUGAAAUACCUGAGAAUAUCGUUUCAAGCCUAAAUAAUGUUAGUUGGGUCGACACAAAACCAACUACAAAUGUCUUGCAAGCCUACUACAGGAACAUAAGCGGGGCUUAUGAAUCAAAUUUCCCAGACCAGCCGACUUUGUUUUAUAAUUUUACAGCAGAUUCUGUCCCCGACUUUUAUGAUUACACAGCACAAGGGACAAAGGUGAAAGUGUUGAACUAUAAUGAAUCGGUUGAAAUUGUGUUCCAAGGGACUAAUGUGAUGGACGGUUCUGUCAAUCAUCCAAUGCAUAUGCAUGGAUAUAGCUUUUAUGUGGUUGGAUAUGGUUUUGGAAAUUUUGACAAUGAGACUGAUCCCAAGGGGUAUAAUUUGGUAGAUCCUCCUGAAGUAGCUACCUUUGGAGUUCCCAAAAGAGGAUGGUUAGCAAUCAGAUUCAAAGCAACUAAUCCUGGAGUGUGGUUUUGGCAUUGUCAUUUCGAGAGACACUUAACUUGGGGUAUGAAUACUGCUUUUAUAGUAAAAAAUGGGGGCACUCCGGAGACUAGCAUUCGUGAGCCACCAACUUACAUGCCCCCAUGUAUUAUUCCAUUGAAUUCUCGUGUCCACAGCUAUGGUGAAUUUAUUGAAGAGAAAAUAGAGUAAUAGUAGAAUGUAUUUAUAUCCUUAUAUGCGCAUUAGCAUAAAAUAAUUUCGACGACAUGGACGUCUUUAGUGAUUAAAAAAUUAAAUUAUUUUAUCUUAAUUUCAAUAAUAAAGCCUAAAUGUUCACCUAUGGUACAUUGAGAACUCCAUAUUUAAUCAUUUUACUAAUAUGAAUGGACUUGUCAACA